AUGGAGAUCCUGAUUUCAACUGCGGAUGAGGAUAAGCACGCUGGCCUGCAGAGAGAUGUUGCUGAAAAACCCCUGGCUUUACACCCAUCCCCUGUCUCAUCUUCAAGUCAUUUACAUCAUUCAUUUGAUGAAGCUGUGGCAUUUGCUGUUGGUGCGCCUGCAACUGUGCUGGAAGCUGCUGCUUUGCUUGCAGUUGUAACUGCUGCUGCUGUUGAUGUUGCAGUACUGCUGCUUCUGCAUCAAUUGCUGCUGCGAACCUGCUGCAAUGAGUUCAGUGCAUUCCCUUGUCCUGAAUCCAUGCUGGAACUAGGUGGCAAUGAAUUCAUCAUGUUCUGCUGUGCUGUUGAAACCCCAGAUAAAGCCGACAUAGAACUUUGCUGCAAGCUUGUCAUAUUGCUCUGCGGCAUUGUUACCACAGAACCUUGCACGUUCAUUGAUUGCAACUGUGGGUUCAUUUGA